ACAAACAAACAAACAAACAAACAAAGAAUAAAGUCAGACAAAGGUGAAAAUGAUUUUUUGAGUCACACCCAGAAUAUUACCACUUUGUAAUGACUCUAAUUACUGUUAAUGAGAUAAUGUCACCUAGUAAACCUUUGGAAUAUAGGGUGUCACCUAUAACCGCCUUGAAUGUACCCAAUCAUGACCAAAACACAGGGUGUGCUUUAUGGUGUCUUAACUGGGGCCAGCCACAGUUCAAGGGUCCUGUGUGUUCUCCGAUGUGGUACCCUGUUCUAUGUGUUUGUCCUCUGUCCCCAGACUACAUAAUGGAGAUCCUCAUGAACCUCGUACGGAAAGCCAGGAGCCGUAACAUCAGCACCCUCCACCCGUUCUUCAACAUUAACAAGUGCGUCAGAGAUGGGCUGCAGGAGACCCUCCCAGACAACGUCCACCAGCUCAUUUCUGGGAAGGUUUACAUCUCCCUCACCAGGGUGUCGGAUGGAGAGAAUGUGCUGGUGUCAGAGUUCCAUUCCAAAGAUGAAGUGGUGGAUGCCCUGGUGUGCUCCUGCUUCAUCCCUCUCUUCUCUGGCCUAAUCCCUCCUUCCUUCCGAGGUGAGCGGUACGUGGAUGGAGGAGCGAGCAACAACGUCCCUGUGCUAGAUGCCAAAACCACCAUCACGGUGUCCCCUUUCUAUGGUGAGCAUGACAUCUGCCCCAAGGUCAAGUCCACCAACUUCUUCCAUGUGAAUAUCACCAAUCUCAGUCUCCGCCUCUGCACCGGGAACCUCCAUCUUCUGACCAGAGCACUCUUCCCACCGGAUGUGAAGGUGAUGGCAGACCUGUGUUUUCAAGGGUACCUGGACGCCUUCCGGUUCCUGGAGGAGAACGGCAUCUGUAAUGGACCACAGCGCAGCCUGAGUCUGUACUCGGAGGAGAUGGUGCCAGAAGCCUGCUUGGAAAAUGGCAACCUUGUGGGAGACAAGGUGCCAGUCAGCCUAUGCCUCACAGCUGUGCCCUGUGAUGAGAACAUCUGGGAGAUGCUGUCCCCCAAACUCAGCACAGCUCUGAGUGAAGCGAUUAAGGACAGGGGGGGCUACCUGAGCAAAGUCUGCAACCUCCUGCCUGUCAGGAUCCUGUCUUACAUCAUGCUGCCCUGCACUCUGCCCGUGGAGUCGGCCAUCGCUGCAGUCCACAGGCUGCUGAUGUGGCUCCCUGAUAUCCAGGAUGAUAUCCAGUGGCUACAAUGGGCGACAUCCCAGGUUUGUGCCCGAAUGACGAUGUGCCUGCUCCCCUCUACCAGAUCCCGAGUAUCCAAGGAUGAGCAUGGAACACUCAACCAUGGACAUCACCCAUCUCUCCACAAACCCCAAGGCAGCUCUGCUGGUUUGUAAAUUGCUGGUCUCUGUGCUUCCAAUGAACUUGGACAUUCUCCCUGUGGAUGGUCCAGGAGAGGCCAAAGCUGAGGGCACCCUGCCUUCCACUCCAGGUCCAGCUUGACCUUUAUCUGGAGCAACAGUGUCUAGAUGACGGGUCGGUGGGGAUGCUAUACUCUCUGUUUCCCUCUGGGAAUGGUUCUGUUACUUUUGGAGGCAGCUAGGAAGUUUCUCUCCAGGAGCUGAGCCUGUGCAGCUGCCCCCUGGUGCUCUGUGGUGACCUCAUUGCCUGUGACCUCAGGAUCACGGGAUCUAGGCUAUAUUGGUAGUUCAUAGAAACCAAAGACAAUAAUUUGGUGUUUAGAAAGCUACUUUUGGUCUGGGUGAAGUCUGGUGCUUGAGAGCUAGCACAAAGAGGACAGUCAAACUGUCUCUCGGCCUGUCAAUCGGGGAUUCCAAGGGCAUCAAUGUUUGGAAACAGGAAUCCAAACUGGGCAAUCUCGUGCAAUCUCGGGAGGAAAAUUGUUUAGGAAGUGUGAUAGGGCAGGCUGUGGCUAUCUCUAAAAAGAGCCUACCAGAUAACUUAUUACUUUCAAGGACACCUUUGGCUCUUACUAAAAUAGUUUAUAAAGCAUUUUAUAUAAACACACCAGGGAAUGUGUAAUGAACUACAUGUAUGAUCAGUGUACUGUGACUAGAAUUAACCGUAAGAUAAAAAUCUCUUGUAUGUGGGGACGAAACAACACAGGUAGGAAACACAGCGGACCUCUGCCUCCUCAGCCUCAACUUGAACUUGGCUUGCUUUCUCUGCUGUCUCCAAAUCGUUGUAUAGUCAUCUGCCAUCACCGCCUCUCUCCUUUCCCAUCUACUACACCGGCCUUAAUGGGGAUAAGUACCCACUUUUCUCAGGUGUCGGUACACAGCCGUGGGGGUGUCGUGUGUUUCCUGUAAUUCAGACAUUAGAACAUAAACAAGCAGACAAACAAGCAAGCAAACAAAAGAAACAAGGUGCUGUUCAUACUCUGAGCAUUGACAGUGAAGGUGUGUGUCUCCCAUGCCUGAGUCUCCUGGAGACCUAGUGAGCUCUAGGUUCGUGCAAGCACUUCUGGGGGAAUCACAUAAUCUCAGUGGGGUUGAUCCAGAUUGAUAGGAAAGGACUCUGGGGGAGACUGUGGUUCCAGAGACAAAGUGUCUAGGCUACACAGAAGAUAAAAUCGUCCCAAGGGAAGAAAACAAACCAGGAGCUGAGGUGCAGCUCAGUUGUUAGAGGGCUUCUCUAGCAUGCAUGAAGCCCAGUGUCCAGUCUCAGUACCAUAUAAACUGUGGCUUGACAGGCAGUGACAUGUGCCUGUAAUCCCUCAGUAGAGGCAAGAGGAUCAGAAAUUCAAGGUCAUCCUCAACUACUUAGGGAGUUGGAGAGCUGCCUUGGCUAAAUGAGACCCUGCCUCAAAAAGACAAAAAAAAAAAAAAAAAAAUAGCAGAAACUUCUGCCUUGCUUUGAGCUGCCUCUUUCUGGAAGUUUCUCAUCAGUAGAAACUUCCUGCCACCUUAUCAGACAAAACUCCCACUGGUUUGGAGUCCUUCCAUUCUCAGGAACAUUAGGUGUCACACAGUGACCAGCAGGGAGCAGUGUCUUGACUGGUAAGCCCUUAGCAAAGCUGGUUCAUCCGUUUAAAAGUAGGUGUGGGUGUGUUUAUGCAAAUGAGUAUGCAAAUUAGCCGAAUAGCAGAAGGAUUGAACGGACACACCAAAAAUAACUACAACUGUUCAAGGGAAAAGGGUCCAUAAUAAAUGUGGGGGACAAUAAAUAAAUAAAUAAAUAAAUGUAUGUA